AUGGCCAAGAAGGCGCGUCAGAGGAUUAGCUAUGUUCUCGAGCUAGCCGGGUCUCAAGCGGGCGGCCACAGACUUGGUGUCAAUGGUCUCGCCAUAGAUCGUGACAAUGCUAUCCUCUAUUCCGGAGGUCGCGACGGCAUCGUCUGUGCCUGGGAUCUGAACCUCGACCUUCGAAGCUCUUCGACCUCCUCCGUCAUCGAUGCGACGCCCACCGGAGAUAAGGCCGCCAACGGCACCGCGAAACUGAAGUCGACCACCAAGUUCCGCCGCCAGACGCAGGCGCAUACCCACUGGAUCAAUGAUGUUGCAUUGGCCCAGAACAAUACGGCUGUCGUCUCGGCGUCGUCAGAUCUGACCGUCAAGGUGUGGCGGCCCCAUGCGCAGGAUGACCAGGAGCCGGCGACGAUCGGCCAGCAUGCCGACUACGUGAAAUGCGUCGCGACGCCAAACCAGCAGACCAAUUGGGUGGCCUCCGGCGGACUGGACCGGAAGAUAUACCUCUGGGACCUGCAGGGUGGUGGAAAGACUCUCGAGAUCGAUGUGAGCGGCGAGGAGAUCACCGAGAAGGGUUCCGUAUAUGCCCUCAGCGUCAACGACAGCAUUCUCGCCAGUGGAGGCCCCGAGUCCACCGUGCGCCUCUGGGACCCGAAGAGCGGCAAGCGCAUCACCAAGUUCGUGGGACAUACUGACAACAUCCGUGCUAUCCUCGUCAAUGACACAGGAGAUACGAUCAUGACCGCCAGUGCCGAUCAGACCGUCAAGGUGUGGAGUGUCACGGCAGGUCGCUGCAUGCAUACCCUCACCAUGCACAACGACAGCGUCUGGUCUCUGUACUCGAAUGAGCCCGACCUAGGCAUUUUCUACAGCAGUGACCGCUCGGGCAUGGUUGUCAAGACAGAUGUUCGCGGUACGCUGGACGAGAUGGACGACGGUCUCGCACUUGCCGUUGCACAAGAACAUGAGGGUGUUGGAAAGGUUAUUGCGUGCGGUGACUACAUCUGGACGGCCACCUCGAGCUCAUCUAUCAACCGAUGGCGAGAUGUGGACACGGGUGCUGAUAUCCAGCUUCCCGAGGCCUACAGGCAACACCGAGCCUCACUUUCUACCACGAUCCCACGGUCAGCAUCAGCGUCUACAGUCAGUGCCCCGGCAAAGAAAGAGAUACCAGCAAGAUCGAUACUGCGCAUAUCCAAUACAGCUCUGUUCCCAGCUCGUGUUGCCCAGGAGUCUGAGUCUAAUACGGUCAAUGGCGUGGCGAUGAGUCGAAAGGGGUCAGAUAUCGGCAUCGAUCAAGCCCCCAACGUCAUUGAGCCAAUUCUCGAUCUCCCAGAGGAGACAAUUGAGGGUCAGUUCGGCCUGGUCAAGCAUCGCUUGUUAAACGAUAGACGGAGGGUGCUCACAUUGGAUACUGCCGGAGAUGUGCUCCUAUGGGAUCUGAUACAGUGCAAACCGAUUCAGAGUUUUGGCAAGAAGCAUCUGGAAGAUAUCGAGCCACAUGUGAACACGCUAGAAGCGGUCGCCCCAUGGUGUUCUAUCGAUACUAGCUCAGGUAACCUUACCGUUGUGCUCGAGCCUUACAACUGCUUCGAUGCCGAGAUGUAUGCGGACGAGCUCUCGUUAGACGAACCCGUUGAUUUUAGAGACGAUCAAAGGAUAAAUCUUGGAAAGUGGAUCUUGCGUUAUCUUUUCUCAAAGCUCAUAGACGAAGAAAUCAAGCGCGAUGAAGCACAUCGCCUGAAACUUAAUGACGCAGUAGAGAAGCGCAUUGCGGCUGCUCAAGCAAACCCUCCAAUGUCUAUAUCGCUACCAAGCCCUGCAACCAAUUGGGAGAGCGCGACAGAGUCUCCGGUGACUACACCAAGGGCCAAUGGGUCGCAGUACCCUCCGCCUACUCCAGGAAUUGGUAUCGGCCUCGCCACGCCCGGGCUCCCUGGCGUCAAGGAAGAGGGCACGAGCCCAAUGAGCCCGCUGGACAAACGGCUGUCCCAUGUCAGUCGUCCAUCAGUGGACAAGGACGACUACUUCUCCAACGCCAUUGGAUCCGUAGAGAGCGCCAAGCCUGCGACUACACCAGCAACUGAACAACCUCCAUCGGACGCGAAGACUUCUACCGAAAAUGGAAAGGAGAAAGAAAAAGAAAAAGAGAAGGAGAAGGGCGACAAUGGAAAGUCUCAAGCUACACCAUUCGGCAAGAAGUUCCGUAUGGGCAUGUCCUUUGGCAGCAAGAAACUCGGUCGCUCCGCAUCAACAACUGCUCCUGAGAAGCCGGCGGUCGUUGAUGAGAGAGCAGAGGAGUCUGAAUCUUCUUCUAACCACGAGAAAGAAUUCGACGACAGCUUCCUCGGUGUUGUGCAGAAGAUCCAGAACGAGUAUGAGAAGCAGCUGACCGAAACCCCUGAAAAGUUCGUCGAGACACGCAUCGCGCCCAGCUUAGCGAACGAUACGCCGGUGCUCAAGCUGCCUUCUGGUACAAAGGUCAUUAUCCAAGAGGAGACGUCCGGUGGAAGCGCCGAGCUGUACAGGGGCACCGUGGAGACCGUUGGAGCAGAUGCCGAUACUAUCGAGCAAUGUGCACCAAUGUGGCUUGGCGAGGUGCUUCUCUUGAACGCCAUUCCGCAGAAGGAUCCUAUCAAGGUUUCUUUCGUUUUGCACCCGUGGCAAGACUCACUGCCGAGUAUAGCAACAGCUGACGGUAACAACCGGCUAAACGCCAAUCGGAUGCUGAGAGUCAAGAAGAUCCUAGCGUACGUCGCCGAGAGAAUUGAUCCGCCUGCGGACCCCGAGAAUCCGGACCCGGAUGCCUUACGGCCAGAGGAGUAUCUCGAGCUGUACUGUAACGAUCAGGUGAGUCAUGUUGCCAUGUCGAGUCCGUCAUCUCCCCACACGCUGACAUACUUCCAGCUCUUGCCGAUUUCGAUGAGUCUGGCCACCCUUCGUGCACAUAUUUGGAAGGGCGGCAAUGAUAUUGUGUUGUACUAUAAAGCCAACGGCAAGAAGGAGAUACCAUUCCCACCGCCACCUGCCCCGGAGCCAGAACCAGAGCCGGCGGAGACAGAGGCCCCUGGCAUCCCUCCGCAACCUACCGCGGUGGCUGCAUGA